AUGUUUCUCAUCCUGGCCUUCGUCUCAUCUUUCUGUUCACAUUGGCACGUGCGACCAGAAUAUGUUUUGACAUCCAUCAGCACACAAUCACUAACUCAAUCGAAACAUAUCUAUCUUCGUUUAUUCGUUUGUUGUAUAUAUCUAUCUAUCUAUCUAUCUGUGUAUCUAUCUCAGUCUUUUCACAUCUAUCUACCCAUCUAUCUAUCUAUGUUAAUCUAUUCAUAUCUAUCUAUUUAUCUAUUUCUGUCUCAUCACUUGGAUCUAUGUAUGUUAGUCUAUUCAUAUCUAUCUCUCUAUCUAUCUCAGUCUAUUGACAUCUAUCUAUCUAUCUAUCUAUCUAUCUAUCUAUCUAUCUAUCUAUCUAUCUAUCUAUCUCAGUUCCAAUUUCAUUCUUUACUUAUGCAUCAAGCUAUCUUAAUCUAUCUAUCUAUCUAUCUAACUAUCUAUCUAUCUCAAUCUUCUCACAUCUAUCUACCUAUCUAUCUAUCUAUGUUAAUCUAUUCAUAUAUAUCUAUUUAUCUGUCUCAUCACUUCGAUCUAUGUAUUUUAGUCUAUUUCUAUCUAUCUAUCUAUCUAUCUCGGUCUCUUCAUAUCUAUCUAUCUAUCUAUCUAUCUAUCUAUCUCAGUCUCCUCGCAUCUAUCUAUUUGUCUCUUUAUAUCUAUCUAUCUAUCUAUCCAUCUCAAUCUUUUUUCUUUUCUCUCCCCGAAGAAGAAUCGACAUACUGUGAUUUCUCAUAA